GCGAAUCGCUUCGUUUGCUGUAUCGGGAGGGGCCUAGCCGUGCCUGCAGGCUGUGGUGAGACGGAAACGGAGGGGGAGUUCGGGGCGGGCGGCGGAGCGUUACAGGAGAGAGCGGCCUGCAGGCAGACAGAAUGGUGGAGAAGGCCGGCCUCGGGAGAGAGUCCAUGCCCUCUCUUAUCCCUAGUGGAUUGAACCCAUCACUUGCGGGCAGUGCCCAAAUGCACAAGCAGGGCAUGAAAUUGGAAGCUGUGAUGGAACAACUACAAAAGCAGCAGCAGCAAGCUGCUCGAAGCAUGGAAGAUCGGGAGAGGCAAAUUAGAGAAACUCAAAGACUGUACGCCCAACAGAUGGCUUCACAACAUUUCUUAAAAUCCAUGGCAGGCACUGCCACAGUGUCAUCUGUGAAAGCCCGCCCGCCCAUGGCCUCUCCACAGAGUGCCAGUGAACCCGAUGAAGAUGAAGAGAUGGAGGAUGAAGACAGUGAUGGAGAUUCGUUUAGUGUAGAAGAUGAUAUCAGAGCAGGGCAGCCAUCCACGCUUGCACAGAAGUACCUUCAGGCUCAGCGAGAGCAACAGGGAAUAGUUGUUCCCAAUCCACAAGGGAACGCCAGUCAGAGACACCUGACUGUGAAGGAGGAGCCAAAGGAAGAAAAUUUUAACCCUUCUACAUCUAAACACCCCAAGCAAAGUUUGGAAGACCAUGUUAAGCCGGAGAACACUUCCUGGGGUGAAGAUGCGGAUGGCCGUUCCAGGGAAACCUCAAGGGAUUUUGCAAAGCUUUAUGAACUCGACAGUGACCCAAAGAGGAAAGAAUUCCUCGAUGACCUGUUUGUUUUUAUGCAGAAGAAAGGCACACCGAUCAGCCGCAUUCCCAUUAUGGCCAAACAGUUACUGGACCUCUAUAUGCUCUACAAGCUUGUAACUGAGAAAGGGGGGCUUGUAGAGGUAAUCAAUAAGAAAAUCUGGAGGGAAAUCACAAAGGGCCUGAACCUACCAACCUCCAUUACAAGCGCUGCCUUCACCUUGCGCACACAAUAUAUGAAGUACCUUUAUCUCUACGAGUGUGAGAAGAAGUCUCUCAGCUCUCCGGCUGAGUUGCAAGCUGCUAUAGAUGGAAAUAGACGAGAAGGAAGGCGCCCAAGUUAUGGCACUUCUUCCUUUAACUAUUCUCCCACUCCAGGAGGGCCCAACACACUUUUGGGAGCUCCAAAACUUCCUGUGCCCAUGCUCGGAGUGCACCCAACAUCUCGUAUGAUGCCAACAACGCCGCUGAAGAAAGGUGACAGUCCUGCAGGCAUGUUACCUAAUCGGAUGGCAAUAGCUGCUGGGCCCAUAAAUGCACAACACAACCCUUUAGGGCUGCGAUCAAUUUCAAUAGAGCAGCUGAAGGAAAGGCUGGAGACAGGCGAACCCCUUGAGAAGCGAAUAGCACGUACACCAAUGGAGGAGCAGCAAAGGCUCAUGCAGCAAGCCUUCCAACACAAUCUUUUAAACAUGGCACGACAGAUACCUAUGAAACUAAAGAUUAACGGGAAGGCAGCUCAGGAUCGGCAGGACAUGACUCUCAAUCUGGGCUCUGGCAGUAUCAACAUGUCCAUUGAAAUUAAUGGCACUAUGUAUACAGGCAUUUUAUAUGCUCAGAAGCCCGUUCCUUUAAUUGCGGGGUAUACUGGGCAAAGCGGAGGGAGCAGCAGCAAUACUUCGCAAGCAUCCCAGAGUCCCACUUCCUCCCGGGGUACCCCAGGAGCAGAACCCUCCACCAGCUGGUCCCUCUGAAGCCUUGUUCUCUACCAAAGGAGAGAUUGGGAAAAGGAGGGAACAAGCAUGAUACUUCUUACCUCCUCCACGAGAAAGCGUUACACAACCUUACCUACCUCAGCUUCAGGAAGACUUCAGCUCCAUUUACCUCACCUUAAUGAAAGGUUACACAACCAGUUUACCUCAAUGUUUGAUAGCAUUACACAAUAUCACUGAUGGGCAGGAAGAAGAUCUGGGAAAAACCCAGCUGCAAACCUGCCUCUGAGCUUCAGCUCCUACCUACUGUAUGGUGUUUGUGAGCAGACCUUGCUGUCCCAUUCUCCUUGUAGUUCUGUGAGGUGCUAAUCUCACACCUGCUUCCUCAUCUGCAUCAUUUAUGGUGGGUGGCAGGAAGGAGCCUGGAGACUUAAAAUGUGCAAGUGGCACAUGAAGACGUUUCUACCAAGGCCACCUCAUCCCUUCUAGGAUCUGUUUCCUUCCUUACAGGCUGUCGCACAACCUCAAGAUGUGCUUAUGACAGUAGAUGUUUUAUAGGACAUUUAGCCAAGAUGAGUUGGGUUUUUUCACUUAGUUCUAUCUUGUAAUCAGGAGUAAGGUUUAAAGAAUCAUCCUGAAUAUGUUUUAAUACCUGGUAUCUUCUGAUGUGAUGUGGUAUUGGUUUGACACUAUAGAGUUGCAAAUACCUCAUGUUCAAUAUGUUUUUUAUAUUCGAGGAAUUGUUUUAUCUACAAAGAAACUUGGAUAACUUUUGCAGUUGCCAUCCUAAUCAUUGAAUGGUACUGCCCUUACAUAAACAGAAUAUAUGCCUCCUGCUUGUGUGUGUAAUAUAGAAUGAGAUUUCUUCUGCUUUCAGAUUUUUUUUUUAAUUCAGCCAAGGUAGGUGUUACCUUUUGAAGAGGCUGUGCCUUCUAAAUUUUAAUAGGCCUAAACACCUAACUUAAGGUGUCCGUUCACUAAGACUCAACUCAGAUGCAGUCAUCAGAUACCAUGUUCAGUAAAAUCUGUUCAGCAUCAGAAUGUUCUGAAACGCUGUUGUCUGCAAGUGUGGACUAUAUUCAUGAAGAAAAUAUAAAGGCCAACAUUCUUUUCUUUAAAAAAAUGAAAAUUGCUAAACAAAGGAUAUCCUAAAUAUUUGAUAGGUGUGACUUUUUGAUAUAAAGCAAAACAGUCAUUUUUCACUAGAAUCAAAUUUGAUAGGAAAUUAAAAAAGAGAUUUUUGUUUGAUUAAAUUUCAUUUAAUUUGGCACCUGAGGCUCGUGAGCAGGCGUGGAACUAUCUGUGCUUGAGCACAGUAUAGGAAGAGCAAGGCAAAUGUUUGGGAAGGUUCUAUGACUCUUCUCCCACUUUUAGCCAAUUGCUGCUGUCUGUUGCUAUUUCUACCUCCUGUUUUUUGCUGAUUUCUGUCCAGGGUCAGAAUAUAAACCUCCUAUAAUCUGGCAGUCAGGCUGGUUUCAAUGACUACCAGAUUACAGGGGAAUUGAGGGCUCUGGUUCCAGAUUUUAAGGUGUUUUUCUUUGUAAGGUUUAUAUAUAUUUUUAUUUUUUUGGUGCGCAGGCGUUAUUGAAGUAUAGAAAAUUAAUAUUGAGGUCCAGUGACAUCUAUAAAUGGAUGCCAACAUAAUUUUCCCAUGAGCUUACAUUUCAUAUAACCUUCUGUUUGCUAGAUUAUUGUCCCAAAACUCAGGAAUCCAGUAUGCAAGUUCUAUUUAUAGGUUUAUUUAACGCUUCUAGAUGAAGACCAUGCAAAUACAUGCUGGUUUAUCUGAUCUAAAAAUAUACAAUUUGAGAAUUUACAGUGUAGAGAAGUUAACUUGCUAAAAUAAGUAAUAAAAAGACGCAAAAUGUAAAACUUUAAAAAAAAAAAAAAUGUUUUCUUUGUGUAAAAUAUAUAUUUGCUAGAUUUCCAAAUCUUGGGCCCUGAAUGUGUAUUGGUGGUUUAGGCUGAUAGUAAUACGUUGGUAAACUACUUCUAUACACCGCUUUUGUGAGAACAUGGCAUGGUCCAAUAUCGCACUGUGGGGGGGGGGGGGGGGGGGGUACAAAGCACAUUCUCACAGACGCCAUCUUAAUGACAAUCCCUGGUGCCUGAACUAGGCACAAUGCAUUACUCAAUCAUGUUUGUGAUUGUUUUACUUGAUUUGUUGUGUGUUUUUGUUAACCUACUAAUUGAUGUUGCAAAAAAAGAAAAAAAAAAAAAAA